UACAGAGCCCUGACAGCAAGGAGUCCCCUAGCUUUCGGGGGGGUCAGAAGAACUUGGAGAGAAAAAUGGUCUGGAAACGUCAUUAUCUGCAGGCUGCAAAAUCAAAGGCUUUAAAAGGAGCGUGUUGUCAUCAGCAGGGAGGGGGCGAGGGUAUAAAGCGGGGAGGCAGGCUCACCCUCAGCAGCAUUCCCUCUCAGCAGGACCUCAGCUCAGGCAGAGCCCCCAGCAGAUGGACAUUACUAUACUGGACCCUCUCAUUGCAUUGCACAUAGAUCUGCAGAGGCUACUGUGGGUGCAGGGUGGCGGCAUACUCACUGCAGAGCACCCAGGACAGGGACCCCCUCUCAUGCCAAGCAGCUGGUGGUCCCCCCCACUUCCUUCUCCAGAGUUAUCCAUCAGAUCUAAGGGCUCACCAUGUCUUCAGCUGUCAUGUCUGCCAAGCAGGCAGAGCCAAUGGGCAUCUGCUCCAGCUACCAGACAGUGAUGCCCCACUACAGUGGGGCAACUGAGGAAUACCCCCAGCCCAUUCAGCCCAGGCCCCUGAGGGGCAAGGGGAAGCUGAGGAGGCCAAGGCAGAGCAGGUUCAAGACCCAGCCUGUUACCUUUGAUGAGAUCCAGGAGGUGGAGGAGGAGGGGGUGUCCCCCACUGAGGAGGAGAAAGCCAGAAAGUCCUUCCUGCAGUCCCUGGAGAACCUCAGGAGAAGCUCCCACACCAUGCACCUCCAGAGGGACAAGCUCCUCAGCGGCAGCAGCAAGCUCAGGCACAGCCUGGACUCCAGUGACUCCGACUCCACAAUGUGAGCUGGACCCUGCACUCAUCGGGCGCACAAAGGGUUACCUUCCUCCAGCAAUGCACUCUCAGGUGCGCUGCCGCUGGUGGCCAGCAGAGGGCGCAACGGGAGCGAGAAGAGCGUCCCACUGGAGAAAGCGCCUAUUAACCAGGGACACGGUGCGGCCUCAGGGGCUUCUGCAAAGUGACAUGGGGACUUCUGCUCGCAAGAAGCUGCACUUUGGCCUUCAAGGAGUUACCAUGGCCCUGAACUGCGCUCCUGAGACGCCUGCUGUGUGGUGCAAGGCCAGUGUAGGGGUUAAUUGUCCAAUGUGGACCAGCUGCUGACUGUACCCAAAUUGUUGUGAACUUGUCCUUACAGCUGUGAGCCUGUAGCUGCCACUUACCCCCAUCCUACCAUCUGGGCAGACUUGUCAGGGAGGGGGUUAUGCUUAUUUUUGUAAACCAAAAUUAAUGUAUAAAUAUCUAUUUUUGCACCUGCACUGUUCUGGCAUUUGUUACAUGAAUAGUUACAUUUAUAGUACUUUAAAUAAACACAUUGCAAAGUG